AGAGAGAGAAAUUAUGUUGCUUGGGGCACAGAGAGAAAGACAGGGAAAGGCAGAGGAAAAACUGGGUGGUGGUUCUAAGCUGAAAGCAUCUGGGGAUCUUUCUGUGGGAUCUGAUGCAGGGCAGUGGAUUUGCUCUCCAGGGGAAAGGCUGCAGCUCAGUGGCAGAGCAUUGCUUUCCGUGCAGAAGGUCCCAGCUUCAAUCCCUGCCAUCUCCAAGCAGGGCUGGGAAUGUCCCUCCUUUGAAACUCUUGAAAGCUGCUGCCAGUCAGUGUUGGCUGUAUUGAGCUAGAUAGACCAAUGUUCUGACUUGGUAUAAGGCAGCUGUGUCUGUUCCUAGGAUAAUAUAAUGCUGCUUGCCUCCCUACGUUCUUCGUGGACUUGCCCAUUUAUUCUUGCCCAUGCAAGUCGGCAGGUAAAACAAAUGUGACCAAAAAUGCCCUACACCUCCAGAGGGAUCUCUGCUGCAAAAGGGAAGUCAAUUCCAGCCAAUUGCCACCAUUCGGGAGCCCUGAGAGGGUGUGGCCCUUGAGCUGGGAAUGGUUCUUCUGGAUUCCAGGAGAGAAAGCUGCAAAUAUGACUCAGAUCUACCUGAAUAGGGCUAACAGUGAAAUGGGCAAGGGAAACAGGCAGACAAUGUCCAUUUUGGAGCAAGAGGAAUCUGAUGGAGAGUGGGCUUGUUUUGAUUUCCCUCGUUCCUCGGUGUGCAUGGCCUCUAACCUCUCUUCCACUCUUUGCCAGUCUGUUCCUGCCAGUCCAGUAAUUACUGGGCCAGGUGUUUGCCUGUGUGCCUCUGCCAGGUGUUGUUGUAACCAUGGCACUGGGGAGAGGCACAACCCCCCCCCCUCCACUGAUAAGAGCAGCUUCCAGUUUUUCCUCUCAGUGAAGUCAGUUGGUGGGAAAAGAUUCCAAGGAGCAGAGGCUGAAGGGAGGGGGAAGGAGAGAGAGAGAGAGAGAGCAAAUUCAGGCACUGAGCAAAGCCAGUUAGCAGCAUCUGCUUCGGUCACCAGCUGGAUUGAAAACAGCCCUCCAAUUUCCACCUGCUGCAGAGCAGAUAAUUCUGGAGCUGUUCAUCAGAAGGAGCUGGGGUAACUAGAGAGGACCUACACCCAAACCAUUGCAAAAGAAACUUGACGCCAACAAGUCUUUUGGAACAUUUUCCAAAAAGGCAUCCUUGAAGUGUGUGUGUGAUCUCAAGGAGGAAAACCCCGAAUAAGGGCAAACUGAAUAUUUGCAAAGUCUCUGCGCGUUUGCUUCACUGAAAAUCCUGCAGUGAGAUCUUGAACCAACGACUGUUUGCAGAGUGCCUGAUCUUGAAAACUGCUUCCAUCAUACUGGAACAGAAGCAGAGAGGCAGACCUGGGGAAACAGGGGUAUUAUAGAAAGAAGCAGCAUCUUUGACAAAGCAACGUAAGCUCUCCAAACUGCAGGGCCACUGAUUUAAGUGCAAGCAGCCGACUCUCAGGCCAGAAAACUCUUACCUUGAAAUAGCAUGACUGACUUAUUACCGUGUGUGAGAGAGAAAGACUAAGCCUAGAGGAAGGAACGUCGCAGAGCGGGACUGAUUUGAAUACUCUGGUCCACUGUCGAAAACUCAACCCCCCACAGAUAUAGUUGGAGAAUAAGCUGGAUACUCACAGCAUCAUGGAAGAUGAGGAAGGUGACACAUCCUGCCCUACCAACAGCAGCCCAUCCUUCACCAGGAAUGAAAGCCGCAGCCAGAUCUAUAGGGGGAACUAUACCUUCUCUUCCUACUAUCAGCACUCCUCUCCAGUGGCCGCCAUGUUUAUUGUUGCCUACGUCUGUAUCUUCUUCGUGUGCAUGGUCGGCAACAUGCUGGUGUGCUUCAUAGUGCUGAAGAACCGGCAGAUGAGAACAGUCACCAACAUAUUCAUCCUCAACCUGGCUAUCAGUGAUGUCUUGGUGGGGAUCUUCUGCAUGCCAACCACCCUGGUGGACAACCUGAUUACAGGCUGGCCAUUUGACAUCACCAUGUGUAAAAUGAGUGGCUUGGUGCAAGGGAUGUCUGUCUCCUCUUCCGUGUUCACCCUGGUGGCCAUUGCAGUGGAAAGGUUCCGCUGUAUAGUGUACCCAUUCAGGCAGAAGCUAACUCUAAGGAAAGCUCUGGUCACCAUCAUUAUAAUUUGGGUCUUAGCCUUAAUCAUCAUGUGCCCCUCAGCAGUCACCUUGACCGUCACCCGAGAUGAGUACCACUUCAUGCUAGAUGCCUACAACAAUUCCUACCCGCUCUACACCUGCUGGGAGGCAUGGCCGGACAAGGAGAUGCGCAAGAUCUACACAACCGUUCUUUUCUCUCACAUUUACCUGGCCCCUCUCACCUCGAUUGUGAUUAUGUACGCUCGGAUUGCCUUCAAACUCUUCAAGUCAUCCGCAAGCAUUAGAGGCUCCCAGUCGGAGGAGAACGAGGGAAGGAGAGUGUCCAAGAGGAAAAUCAGAGUUAUCAACAUGUUGAUCAUUGUGGCGUUGUUCUUCACCCUCUCUUGGCUGCCCCUCUGGACUUUGUUGCUGCUGACAGACUACGGGAACCUCACCGAGAAUCAACUCAACCUCAUCACGGUUUAUUUUUUCCCCUUUGCCCAUUGGCUGGCUUUCUUUAACAGUAGCAUCAACCCAAUCAUCUACGGGUACUUCAACGAGAACUUCCGGCGAGGAUUCCAGGAGGCCUUCCAAGUCCAGCUCUGCUCCAUGGAAACAGAACACAAAAACACCUAUUCUGACAGGACCAACAGUGGGUUGCUUUUUGGGGCACGCAAUCGGAUUUUUGUUGAAGUUCAAGGCAGUGACUCAGCACAGCCCUCUGAGUCUGGUCAGAGUAGCCUUUUGAGAACAGGGCUGUAUCCUACAAGGAACGGAAGGGUAGCUCACCAUGGUCUGAUGGUGGAGGACUUUGACAGCAAAAGUUGCUCCCCCAAAACUGUCAGUAUCCCAGCUUGGGAUAUCUAAGGAUAUUUGAGAUGCUGGUGGAUUGAUUAUACAAUAUAUCGUUACAUUACUUUCACAGCAUGUGAGCCAAAUCCAUUUCCAGUAAGCUUUUCAAGACCAAACCCAAUUGUCGGUGUAGAUAUCUAAGUGAAGGGACUUGACAUUUGUGGAACUUCCUCUUCUUAUCCUGGGUUUUGAUACUUCAGUAUGACACGCACCAGUUUUUAUAAAGCACUGCAAUUUAUAAAUGCUUAUUCCUCCCCUUAGAACCUUGUAUAUAUUCCAAAUGAGGUGUUGGGAUUCAGGCCUGUGUUCAGGGCUGUCUUAAGCAUAUCUCACAGAGUUGUCGACCUUUUUUUAAGGGGGGGGCUUCGGUCCAGCUCGUUUACAUCGCGUGGUCCAACGCGUGCUCGGCGCUGCAUGUAAGUAAGAGGCGCCCAGAUCGCAGCCCAGACGGCCUCCCACGAAGCCUCCCUCUAAGUGCCCAGCGCCCCUUACAUGUCCCCAUCCAGGGAAGUCUGCAUGACAGGCAGGCCAGCAAGCAGAUCAGGUGCCUUGUCGGCUGUCCCAUCCUCGCCCGGCGCCGGGAUUGCACAGGGCGCUUCCCUGCUCCACUUGCAGACUCCACAGGGAGGCAUGCAGAGCAGUGACGCACCCAGAGAUGGGUGGGAGAGACAUGCCCGUCCUGCCCUGCACCCACCCCCGAUUGCACCCGCCAGGCACCCAGGCAGCCCCGGCAGGAGGGGACGCAAAGGGGCUUCCCUGAGCCGGACACAGUGCGCUCCAAUGGGCAGCUGAAAGGAGAGGAGAGGGCUGCCCCAGAGCAGGGAAAGGAGCAUGCCUUGACUCUUCUUCCUGGACACUCAGCCUGUGGUGCCCUCCAAAAUCUGGUGCCCUGGCGCCAUGCACCACUAACGUCUAUGGGUAAGACGCCCCUGCCUGUGUUUAAAGAGGAACCAGACAGAACAAUUAUUCUGAACUAGUUUUCUAAAUAGAAGCGCAGUUGGCUGUGACUGGUCUGCAACCUCAUCUGUUGGAAACUGCUUGUUGUGCUACCUCAACAAUAAAAGCAAGGUAAGAGUGACAAGUGAGAGGAAGAAAAGCCUCCAUUCAGGAAACAGGAAGAUACAGUAUUUAGAGCACACACGCAUGCAGACCAUUCACUUACUCUAUAUCAGCCCCAUAAUUGAUCCAUUAACUUUUGUGAGACUGCCCGAGAAUGAUUCAAAUUUUACUGUUGUGUCACAGUUGCUGCUUAUAUGUGAUCAGAUGCCAGGGUUUUGGGGUUUUUUUUUUGGUUGUUGUUGUUUUGUUUGUUUUCGUAGGAAGGUGUCUCUGGAAUCUGAGAUUCCCAGCUAGCAUAUAUUAAAUUUUGAGAAGCAAUUUCAAAACCUACAGUGUUGGCAGAGAACAUUGUUUAUGUUCCCAGCUUACUGGGGUGGGUGUGGGGUACCAGUUUUAUUUAUGUCACCAGGAGCUAAGUUUAAAUGAUGGCAGCACAGCCAGAUCCUGUCAGGGAUUUGGUUGGGAUUUUUUGUGUUAAUAUGCAUCACUUUAAACUUGAAUGCCGUUGAUGUGUGUAUCUCAUUGGCCAAUUUGUUGCCCAUUCACCCUCUUGGACAGAUUGUGACCAAGUUGGUGUUAUCUACCUCACUGCUCAGCCUUGACUCCGUGUUAUUUAUGAAUAAGCUAAAUAACACCAGCCCCAAAACAUAUUCUUAGAGGAAUGUGUUUCUUAGUUUUAACAAUGAAGGAAAUUAUCUCCUCACAACCCCUGCUUCCUGGUGUAUGCCCAUUAGAGGACUUACCUGUACUUUUAUCUGUUUAUUUUUCCCACGGUUACUAAGUCUCCUUAGGAACCUUAGCUGAAAGAGUUUGUAAAAGCUUUUUGAAAGUCCAGGUAUAUAAUACCUGUCAGAUUACCUCUACCUGCAUGUUUGUUGGUGUUGAUCCACUAAAAAAAUAAAAAUCUCGAAGGGGUGUUGAGGCAGUGUUCCGUUAAUUUUAUUAUGCUGACUUUAAAUGUUUAGCCCACCUUCCGCACAACUUUGCAGAGUACCGUAGCUUGUUGUUCCUUAAUUGUUAC